AUGAAAUUAUCAAUCAUAGGAUUUUUUGAAAAUUUAAGAUAUUUGGAAAUUUUGGAAAGACAUUGCCCUCAUAAUUUAAAUGAUCCUUCAAAGUAUAAUCCUUUUGUUAUUGGUUAUUCAGAUUUACCUGGGAAAGUGAGAUCAGUAAGAUUAUUAAUAUACGGCCCAAAAUUAAAUGUUAUAAAAUCCAAAGGACGUAUUUUUAAGAGUUUUACACUUGCAAAUUGUCCAUCUUUGGAAGAAUUAUCAAUUGUUCACAAUGUUAGUGUUGUGGAUGAUUUACCUUCAUUGAAAAUAUUGAGAAUAUUAGAUACCAAUAAAGCAUAUGGGAUUGCUUUAAAAGCAUCAAAUUUGAGAAAAUUACAAUAUCCAUUAAAAGCUGAGUUUUUAUAUUUAGAUACACCAUUAUGUUCAACUUCUCAUGAUACAGAAGAUGUUGAAAUGUAUGAAAUUGGUGAUUAUGAAGAGAUGAAUGAAGAUCCAUCUGAUGGAAUUAAAAUAAUGUAUCAAGAUCUCUUAGAUGAGUUUCCAAAUGGAUCUCUUAUGAAUAUGUCUCAUGGUUUUCCUUAUUGUGGUUUUCAAGGUCCUACAUUCAAAUAA